GCCAUGUUUUCUCAGACGCAGAGGCUGUCCAUCCUGCGUGGCUGUGCCGGGACAGCUCCGGAGCCAUGCCGCGGCCGCGUGGCGAGCGGACGCCCGAGUACCAGGCGGCCGGCGCGGGCACGACGAACUCCCUCAUCGCCAACUUGCUGAGCAAGGCGUCGGAGCUGACGACAGAGGGCGGCGCCGGCGGCGGCGAAGCUCGCGCGGAGGCUCCGCCUCGUACGACGCGGGCGGCCCCGAGGAUGCGCGGCACCGCGCUGCAGGUGACCGCGGCCUCCCUGGAGGCCGCCCGCGCCGGAGAGGGCGCCGCGAGCUGCUCGUCCGCCGCGGCCGGCGCCCCCGAGGACGCGCUCGGCGUCGCGGAGGGGAGGAGCGUGCUGCUGAUCGGCGUGGCCGGGCCCAGCGGGGCGGGGAAGUCGGCGCUGGCGGGCCGGCUGGUGCAGGAGCUCGGCUCGCCCGUGGGCGCUGUGUGCCUGGACUGGUUCAUCUCGCCGGAGAUGGACCAGGGCGCGCGCCUCGGCUCUGCCGGCGCGCAGGACUGGGAACGCCCCAGCGUGAUUGACUUCGCCAGCCUACGGGCGCAGCUGAGCCAGCUCAAGGCCAAGCUGGAGAGGGCGUCGCGGGCACCGACGAAGCAGCGCUUCGGCGUGGGCAAGUCUACGUACGACGUGGUGCUGAAAGGCAGGGCUGGAGCGCCGCUCGCGGGGGGCCCUGUGUGCGUGCUGGCAGAGGGUUUCCUGCUCUUCUUCGACCCGCAGCUGUGCGAUCUGCUGGACGCGCACAUCUGGGUCGAGGCCGACAUGGAGACGUGCAUGGCCAGGCGCCGCAGGCGGAACAAGAAGAGGAGGGCCAACGGCGACUUCGACACCUGGUACAGGGACGAAGUGUGGGCCAACUUCCAGAGGUUCCGGGAGGCCCAGCUCGCCAACGCCCCAGGGGCGCUGCGCCUGGACAGCGCGGCGCCGCUCCCAGACCUGGUGCAGCAGGCGCGCGUCCACCUGCAGGACGCACUUCCUGGAGGACUAGGCUGCCUGCCGGUGAAGGUGGAGGAGGGCGCCGAGGAGGGCCUUGGGCAGCCGUCCUGGCAGCGGGACUUCAUGACCCGGACCGCGCCGCGGAUCGCCGCGAUGGCCAAGCGGAUGGCGAGGA